UCCUGGGGGAGACCUGUUUUGAAAUUAUUUCGUUUUCUUCCCUCCGUAUCUGUCAUGUCUACCAAGCGCUGUAUUUGUUGUCUACAUUUUUUGGUAUUUCUUAUUGCCAAAGGAAUAGGCUCUACAGCAUCAUGUCGCAAUUUGGAGUUCACAGGAACCAGAACGUUUAAAGGUAAACGCUUUACCAACCAUGUCAUGCGUAUCGCCUACGUAAAGGGCCAAGAAUUCUGCGAGGUGCUUUGCUUUUUGGACGAUUACUGUUUCAGCUAUAAUUUCAAGACAAAAACUGAAGGUGGAAAGCAAAAAUGCGAGUUAAAUAAUGCUACACAUGAAGGGCACGAAAGAGAAGUGAAGGAAGACGUAGAGUAUGAGUAUUACGCAGUGGAGAACAGCUGUUCUAGUAACCCUUGCAGUAAUAAUGCUACUUGUCAAACCGGUUUUACGGAGAGAGGAUAUCGCUGUUUGUGUAUCCCGGGAUUCAUUGGCAUAAAUUGUAAAACAGAUGUGGACGAAUGCUCUACUGGAGCACAUAGUUGUGAUGUUCAUGCUGACUGCGAAAACAUCGAAGGUUCUUAUAAAUGCAGUUGUAAACCUGGGUAUCAAGGAGACGGUAAAAUCUGCCGCAGCUUUGGCGGCCAAGCAGCACUUUUUUCAUCAGCAAAGGAGAUUUACGCGCGGAACUUUUCCAGAGAAAACAGAGCUUUCCUGUUAAACGUCGGGUCUGCACAGGUUAACGUAUUCUGUGUCCUGAACGACAUCAGCUUGGGAUCAUGUGGGGGAGGUGGCUGGACACUAGUGAUGAAGAUGAAUGGAUCAAAGCAAACGUUUCACUAUAAUUCUGCUCUCUGGAAAAAUAAAGAUCCAUACAAUCUCGCUGGAGGGGAGACAGGGUUUGACAUAGAAGAGACCAAGUUACCCACGUAUUGGAACACACCUUUCUCCAAGAUCUGUCUCGGUAUGAAGAUCCCUGGCGAAGACACUGUACGGUUCAUUGCUGUAAACCAUUCGGCCGACUCUCUACACUCGCUUAUCGUCGAUGAUCAGUAUCGACCCACCUCGUUAGGCCGUGAAGCAUGGAAAUCGCUGUUAGGUUCACAAGCCUCUUUGCAACAUAACUGCAACAAGGAAGGGUUCAAUGCAUUAUCGGUAGUUAACAAAUUUACGUCCAAAGCAAGAAUCGGUAUCAUUGCCAACAACGAAAAUGACUGUGACGACCCUGAUUCCCGAAUUGGGUUUGGCACAGGUGGACAUCCUGACCACUUUAAUACGUGUGGCGAUGAAGCAAGACUUUCAGACAAUGGAAAGAAAACUAUUAAAACAUUUGGAUACAUUUUCGUUCAGUGAGAACCCGUCUCAAGACUUCAGCGGAGCUGUUAUGGUCACCUCAGUCAUAUCUUGAGAGUGUCUAUAAAGUGUUGCUUUGUCUUUGAAAGGUUAUCAUGGCAUGACAAAAAACGCCACACAUAGUAAUAAUAAAAACAAAGACAAAACGAGAAAAAAAAAUCGAAUAAAACCUACAGUAAACACAGCGAAACUAUGACACCAUGAAUAUGUAAAAACCAUGUGUGUAAACUGCGGUUUAAGAAAUGAAUAUGGAACCGACUUUCACAGUUAUAAAUACUUCCUAAACAGCAGAGAAAAGAAGGCCCGAAAAAACUUCAGGCACGGGAUUUGAACUCAUGACCUCUGCGAUUCCGGUGCAGUACUCUUAACCCUGAGUCAACUGGUCUUUCAUUCGGUUCGUAGUAAACCCCAUGAGGUGAUGAAUCGACGAGUGAGAAUAAAUGAAAUCAUACAUAUGAACUGCGGUUUAAGAAAUGAAAAUGGAACAGGUCGUCGCAGCACAUACAUUUUAUUUUCAGUUUUAUUGUCGAUCUGAACGUUUUCUCGAAUAAAAUUCAACACUUUCAUUUUUUAUUUUGAUAUUAGAUUAUGAGAACUACUGAUAAACUUCUUUGUAUUAUUUGAGACUUUUUCCACUAAUAGACUUUGCAACUGUAAAAUGUUUUACUUUAAAAAACCUAACGAAAGAAAUCAAGACACACAUUGCUGAUUCUUCAUCAAAAGUUUGGAAAAACUUCUCCAGAUCAGAGCGGAAUGCUCUG